AAACAAUCUAAAUACUCCGUAUGUUCCAAAAACCAUGUCUAGUACGUCCAAACGGAGCCUAAAGCAAAGGUGUACUGAGUAAGGUAAUCAUGUAAAAAAACAAGUUUCAGGCGAAAAACUGAUUUCGAUCCAGAAACCGUCUUUGUAUUUCAGUUAAUGGCGAGGCAGCGCUUAUCCGAUCUCUGUUCUUCGGACAUCUCUUCCACAAUCAUUAUUUUCUCAGGCAGCAUUGUUUUUAGCCACUCUGUGAUAUGCAUGGUUAUAAAGUUCGCAUUUUCAGGUGAUGCCUGUGGAGAAACUAGAGGCAUUACUGCCUAAUUGUUGGCUCUUUUGUUCAAGUUGAACUCUUGUGUUCACAAGUUGUGAACCAGUAGUAAGUAUAUAACACAUACGUGAUGUCUUUCAACUGGGGUGAGAAGCAAUGGAAAUGUGGAAAAGGAGGCUCUGUGAAUUUGCAUAGAAUGAGCUCAAUUGUCCGUGAUAUUGGAGAGCCCUGCCUUCAUCAGUCACCUAUAAAGGUAAACAAAACGCUCAAGCCAGAUAGGUGGCAGGCAAGUUUUGAUAGUGAAGGAAAGAUACACGGGUUUCAAAAGGUUUUGAAAUUGAUCAUUUUUGGGGGUGUUGAUCCAUCUAUAAGACCGGAAGUUUGGGAAUUUCUUUUAGGCUGUUAUGCUCUAACCAGCACAGAAGAGUACCGAAGACAGCUGAGAACUGCUAGGAGGGAAAGGUACAUGGACCUCAUAAAACAGUGCCAAACAAUGCAUUCCAGUGUUGGAACCGGUUCUCUUGCUUAUGUUGUAGGGUCUAAAGUUUUGGAUAUGAGAACAAGUUCCAAAGGGGAUGGAAGAGGGGAAACAAAAGCUGAAAAUACAGAAACCUCCGGGGCUGAUUUUAGCAAGUUUGAUAGUUACUCUGAUUGGAACAAUACUUGUAUAGAUACAUCAAAUGCUUUUGAAAGGGAAAUCUCUAGUGAUCCUGGUGACCUUGUAAGCGUGAGGGGAAGCACAGAUGGUGUGGCAUGCGACUCAUUUUGCUCGUUGCCCAAUCCUGGUCCAUAUAACUGUAGUUCCCCCAUAUUUGAUUCAGAAGCAAAUGGAUUAGAACCUGUUGCUCGAAAUGAUUUUGACUUCCCUUCUCUGCCUGUGACAGAUUUGUUUGAGAAAAAUAGCAAAAAUAAGAAAGUACGUAGGUUACAUGAUAGUAGAUAUACACGACGUAAAUUGCAAUUUAGAGACGAGCGUAUGCACAGCUUCAGCAUAAAGAACAAUGCUGAUUUAGUCAUGGAUUCAAAUGUCACGCAGUCUUAUGAUUCCUUGUAUUCACGGAACUCUGAGAUUGAAAGAGCUAGUCCUGAUGUGCCUGAUCCUCUUUUACUGCAUAACAAAGUGGAACAUGAAAUUGAUAUGUAUGACAGAACUAGAAUUUCUGAAGCAUCUGAUAUGGAAAAUGUAAAUGUGACUACAUCUGAAGGAGGUGCUCUUGGUGAAGAUAGAGUGACUGAAUGGCUCUGGACACUCCAUCGAAUAGUUGUUGAUGUAGUCAGAACAGACAGUCAUCUUGAAUUUUAUGGGGAUGCAAAAAACAUGGCUAGGAUGUCUGACAUACUUGCUGUUUAUGCGUGGGUUGAUCCUGCCACAGGGUAUUGCCAAGGAAUGAGUGAUUUGCUAUCUCCCUUUGUUGUUCUGUUUGAGGAUAAUGCUGAUGCUUUCUGGUGCUUUGAAAUGCUUUUACGUAGAAUGCGUGAAAAUUUUCAGAUGGAAGGCCCAACUGGUGUCAUGAAACAGUUGCAAGCAUUAUGGCAUAUCUUGGAAUUUACUGACAAGGAAAUGUUUUCUCACCUGUCAAGUAUAGGUGCUGAGAGCCUCCAUUUUGCAUUCAGGAUGCUUCUGGUACUCUUUCGCAGGGAGUUAUCUUUUGAUGAGGCUCUUUGUUUGUGGGAGAUGAUGUGGGCUGCUGAUUUCAAGAAAUCUAUGUCUUGCAAUCUGAAGGAGAGCUGUCCAGAAUUAUUGGUCAUCCAGACUCCAAAGGAGUCAGAUGUGGAGUUAGAUGAAGAAAGUGUUGACAAUAAAAGUAAACACUCUAGUGAGUCACCCUCAAAAAAUGGAUAUGCAGAUAAUACAAUUUCUGAGAACACUGGAUUGAAGUCAACUUUGGUUCACCCCUUUUGUGGGUUGGCUAGAAAUUUGUGGUCAAAAAGCGAUCACAUGCAGAAUGGAACUGAUGUGUCAACGAUUUGGAGUAGUGAUGACGAACUACCAGUUUUUUGUGUGGCAGCUAUUCUAGUUUUGAACCGACAAAAGAUUAUUAAAGAAACCCGUUCCAUCGAUGAUAUGAUAAAGAUAUUUAAUGACAAUUUGUUAAAGAUUCGGGUGAAGAGAUGUGUGCGAACAGCCAUCAAACUACGGAAGAAGUAUUUUCACAAGCUAACUAAAAGUAGGAGUCCAGUAGCUCAAAAUGGAGAUUAAGUGUACCCGUUUUGGAUGGCGAAGGCAAAAGCAUAUUUAUAAUCCAAGUUCAGUUGAUAUUGAGAUUCCCGAGUUAAAAGUGCAACUAGAUGAAUGAGGCAAUCUCUCUUUCAGUACUCGAAGCCAGCCACUUUUCUCCUGGCACAGAAUACGGGCGCUACAUACACAGGUAAAACAGGUGUUUAAGCGACAAGGGCGCUUUAUUUGGCUCACUCAGGCUAGCUAAACACGUACAUGAUCAUAUUCUCACACCCUAACAGAAUUUAAUUUUCGUAGUCCUGCCAUAUAUAUUUGGCUAUCAAGUUUGACUGCCUAAAAAGAAUAUGAGGAUGUUGCCAUGUACUUCCCCAUUCCCAUCAUAAUAGAUAUUCAAAGAACUUCAAACUUUAGUUCUUGGUUGUUGGUAUUGUACGUGUCAAGCAUUGAUUGAGAGUAUAUAUGUUUUCUCCAAAGCGUUUGUUCUUGAGUUGUCAAUCAAAAAAUGUGCAGAGAUCUAUUUUGCAGGAAAUUAUUAUGGGG